UGGUCGAGUGAAGCAGGCAAAGCAAACAGGAACCGAGCGAGCGAGCGAGCGAAGUCAGCCGCCUAACAAAAAGCGUCGCGAUAGCCUUCAGUCAGUUCCACCAGCUAGUCCGCGUGUGAACAUUGCGGUAGGACAAGAGUGUUUUCCGUGUUAAACAGUGUCCAAAUGACUUCUCCUUUAUGGCUAUGCUAUUUCUUCGAGUCUUCUUUGUGUGUGCAGUAAUAUUGUCCGUCUGUCCGGCCAAAACAAAGACACAGGUAGCGAACAUAAACAGCGUGUCCGGCGUGAAGAACAUCGCCGACAGCCACAAUGUGACGGAUCCGGAGGAUGUGGUGGUGCUCAAGGGCCAGCCGGCCACCCUGAGCUGCAACAUCAGGCCGCCAGGGGGCGACGGUUCGCGGCUGACGACGACGUGGCUACACCAGAACCAGCCGAUACCGGAGGACGAUUCUAGGAGGAAGGUCCAGAAGGAUGGUAGUCUCCACAUAGCAAGGGUCACCGGCGGCAGGAGGCCUUUGACUGGCAGCUACAGGUGCAGGGUACGCAACGACGUCGGCGCCGUGCUCAGCGGUGAAGCCAAGGUGCAGAUCGCUUCCUUGGAUUUCAAUGUCACAAAUUACCUUAUCGAGAUACCUGAACAACAGCCUGUACUCUUACCGUGUCAAGCCCACUCAGUACCACAGGCGAAACUCAGAUGGGAAUUCAACAAACGACCUCUACCUCAUAAUUCAAGAUAUGUUCCUCUCCCUUCUGGAGCCCUACUGAUCCUUAAGACUCAGCAAUCUGACAAUGGUGUAUUUAAGUGUACGGUGACCAAUCCCGUUAUGAAGAAGUCCAAGUACAAGGAUGUAACUUUGGUGGUUGUGCCAAGAUUUGAAGAAAAGAAACCGGUUUCUUUCCUACCUCUUCCUGAUUCUCUAAACACUACGGUUACAGUGGGACAAAGGUCCUCUCUUUACUGUGUUGCGCAAGGCUGGCCCCUGCCUUCUGUACAAUGGUUGAGAGAUGGCAAGAUCGUCUCAAACCAGAGCGUCCUGAGCAUCAUGCCGGACUCUCAGCACGAGGAGAUCACGUACGAGUGCAGGGCUCGCAACGAGGUGAACGAAGCGUCUCAGAUCCACAAGGUGAUGGUGCAGAGGAAGCCGUACUUCACCAAAACUCCGACAUCACUUUCCUACGUCACGGCGGGGGUAGUGAAGUUGGCGUGUGCGGCAGGCGGCAUCCCGACGCCCUGUAUACAGUGGCUGAAGGACGGGGAGAAGGUGGAACUGGGGGCCAGGAUCAAGAUAUCGAACGGGACUUUGGUCAUGAGGCACACCUUCACGAAUGACGCUGGCAUCUACCAAUGCAUUGCGUCCAAUUCUGCAGGCACCAUUUGGGCGCCUGCGCAACUGGUGGCAGACGAGAACACCCCGACAACCCCACCGCCGCCCCAGAACGCCCAGUGCCGUUCGUACGACAGCAAGAGCGUCUGCAUAUCGUGGAAGGAACCGGAGAUCAGGGGCGGCGACAGCAUACUGGCCUACAGCAUCUUCUCCUUUUACAAAACUAGCCAAGAGUGCUUAAGCGAAAAGUGCCAAGGUACAAAUAAUACUAUAGGCUGUGAAGACGGUUCUCAUGAAGAGCCGGGACUUGACUAUGUGAUCACAAACGGUACCUAUUUUUUGGCAGAUAGAUUAAACAGUAGUACAAAUUAUACAUUUUACGUGAGAAUGUACACCAGGGGGGCCAGCGAUGACUCCAAUUGGGUUACAUGCGAAACUGUUGUUAAAGGAGAGAGAAACCUCAGGUUCAGAUUAUUGGACCGUGGGGCAAUAGAGUUGGUGUGGUCUGAAAUCAGCUCAGACAUUGCCUGCGGUAGUACAAAUACUUCCUACGUUGUUCAGUGGAAGAACGAGGUAGAUCUAGAUCAUAAGGUCAAUUCUGAGCAAACCGAAACCCUAAAGUACAAUUUAACCGGCCUAAACCCGGAAGUCAAUUACCAUAUUCGCGUAAUGUCUUCCUCCUACCUAAAUGGUGAUACCAAUUGGGUUUUGCUGAAGUUGCCCGAGAUGGACACCGAAGAAAUGGCCUCUAACCAAACCUACAUCAGCUUCGACAAGAAGACGAUCGCCCAGAACGUGCCGACCAAUCCGGAGGGGUUCAGGGCUACCAACAUCCACUCCAAGUCGGUCACCCUGAACUGGGUGGCGUCAGAUAGGGAAGCAGUGUCCUACGCCAUCUGUUACGCUGAGCUGGGAACUGAGGACUGCGAGACAGGAAAUAUUGUCAAGAGUUCGAGCAACCUGAAACACAUUGAAGACUUAAAACCAAAUACAAUGUACGAGUUUAGGAUACGUUCCCAUAAUGCCGAAGGCUUUCAUGGGCCUUUUUCGGCUCCUAUUCAAGUUAAAACCCAUCCAGAUGUGCCUUCAACAGUAUUAGACUUAAAAUAUGAAAUCAUCAACGAUUCAACGGCUUGCCUAGCCUGGUUACCCCCACUUUAUACUCACGGUAGACUCGUGAACUAUAUUGUCACUUAUACGUCAAACGCAAAUAGGCCUCUUGAAGAAUGGACCUACGUUACAGUACCUGCUAAUAGAGCAUCUGAUUCGGCCUGCUGGUUGGACAAAAAGAAGAGUACAAUUUCCGUGAUGUUGAAAGAUCUGGAGCUGACAGAAGCGUAUACUGUUAUCGUUCGGGCGGCUUCAGACAACGGGCUCAGUAAUCCUACGUUCCCCAUUGUGUUGAGAACUGCUUACAGCAUGAAGACCGGAAGACAGGAGGUGAUCUCUGGAAAGCAGAAAAUGGGUGUUGUAGUCGGCUGCAUCCUGGCCCUGAUUUGCAUCGCCUGCUGCGUGAGCUGCAUCGUAAUGAGGCGGCGUUGCGUGAAGCGACGCAAUCUUGCCCACGCCAGGUUGGCCGCCUCCAACAAUUACUACCCUGCGUCGGCGCACUACGCCACCCAGGGCAGUACGGUGCAGGUGAGGCUGGAAAACGCCUGUCUCGCCGCCGACGCCAGAGCGGAGACGGAGAGCUUGGUGGUCGACGACGACGACGCCGGGAACGACGCCUCGCCGCAGCCUGUUUAUCUGGAUCCGAAGGAAAAAGAUGAAAUCCCGAAUGGUAAAGUAAAUGGUUUAGAUAAACCUUUGAUGAAUGGUCACUUGUCAAAUGGGCUUGUCCACAUUACUGAAAACCCGCAGAUUCACAAGCAUAACCUACUGAACGAUCAUCCUCCGUUUCAGUUUGAGAAAAAAGAAAAGAAUGGGGAGGUGCCACGCACCAAUGGUUUCAGGCGUACGCCCCAAUACACCUUGUUCCAAGACGACGCCAACUCCAACAGGAUGAUCGCCGCGCCUAAGCACAAUCCCUACAUCGACCUAUCUCCAAAGAGGCGGGGCAAGUGCAACGGCCUCCUAAAGGGCGGAGUCGAAGAGAUCACGCCCUAUUCCGGCAAGGGAAUAGAUCUGGAGACCACGCAGAUCGGAUCAGGCCUGUUCGACGACCCUUUCAUCAUAGGUCAGCACCGCAAAAUAUCACCGUUGUUGGGGCCCAACGUCUGACCUGCGCAGGUCCUCGAAUUUUGAGUCUUUUUUGUUUGUUUUAGUAUUUAAGGACGCGAAAUGUUGGGUUUUUGUCGGAUUCUGGCGAGUUCUGAGAGCUGUUGACGUUAUAGAUUUCUCUUUUAAGUUGUUUUGUUGUUUUUAAGUCUAUCGUUGGUGGUUGACCCCAACGAGAAAGUGUUGGAUGUUUGUGUUUCUUACGUUGGCAUCUAUGAAGAUCUGUCUUUAGUGUCAGUUGGCCUAUUGUUUGAAGGUUUCGUCGGUGAGUUGUUGUGUCUUUGUUUAUUUUUCUGUUCAUGAUAGAUGUAUAGUUUGAUAGAUCUUAUCAAGGUUAAUAAUCUUGAACAGAAAUUGACAGGGUGACUGACAUUUGUUAACAAAUGAAUGAAUGGAGGAAAUCAUGGAUGCCAACAUAGAAAUAUGUUCAAUUUGUGUUUAAAUUUUCUAUAAAUUUAAUAUUUUCGAAUUUUUGUGUUCGUCAAUUUUUUGUUGGAAUAAAACAUUCUCAAAUUCAUAGAAAAACUCAAAAUAAUGAAAUUUACUGUUGCUACCUGUAGAUUUCAACAUAUCCAAGAGAGAGAUUAUUUUUCCGUCAACUCUUAUCAACGAGUAGCUAACAUACACAUAAUAGAAUGUUAAUUACUCUAAUUAACGAUCAAUUAAUCUCUUUAUACCUGAAAAAUUAAAGAAAAGUACAAAAAACACAUUAAACAGUGGCGUAGCUAGGUAACCAUGAACCCCAGUGCAAAUAAAAAAAAAUUAAUGCAUUUUUGCAUUGAUUCCGAUUGAAUUCGAUCCCAGAACUCGUCAAAACCAAUCCGAAUGAAUCAAAAUAGCUUUUAAUUGACUAAUCGUUAAAGAUGAACAGACUGAUUUCGCUAUUCUGUAUAUUUCGUAUAAGUUGAAAAAUGUAUCCAUGGCAAUAUUGUUUUCCUUCAGGAUGAUAUUUCGAUGUUUCAACACCUCCGCUCUCAUUCAACCUCUCAGUUCAAAUAGUUUGUUUGCACCUUGUUGGUUUUUUAUAUUUCGGUGUAUGGUACAACGAUUAAUUUCAUCGGUCAUGAUGCAAUUGCUCAAGUAGCACAUUUUCCGUGUUGGUUUUGCCGCCUUGCGAAAUUUGGCCUUGAAGACGUCCUUCGGAUGGUGUUUUCUUCUUAGUAGUACCAUCUGCGGACUCUUUAGCAGUUUUCGAUGAAUACAUAUUUUUGGCCGCCAACUUUUGGUGAUCUGUUUUUCACUAUUGUAACCAGUACCUGAUGACGUAAUAUAUUUAUAGUUAGUUCAUUCAAGUAAGAUAUUAAUUCUGUACAGUAAAAACUAUAUGGUGUAUGUGAGAUUGUAUUGACAACAAAAAAAAAACCUAUGCAUGAAAAUAAUAAUUAUUGUUGAAAAUGUUUGAUGUUGAAAAAAAAUGUUAACUGUUCAUGAUUCAACGUUACCAUAAUAUAUUUAUUUAUAAUACUUACUUAUAUGUAUACCCAAAGAUUACAAUGAUCUGUUGAAAAAAGAAACAUUGGAUUAAGGUACAAACAUCUUUAUAUAAUUCAACAGUUAAUUAUGAAAUAAUUCGGAUUCUCUGCAGAAUCCUUACUAACUUUAAAGCUGAAGUGACCACACUCUUGUCUAAGGGGUUUCUAGCUCAGGAUUCAGUGGUCCCUGCCUUAUACACCUCCACACGUCUAUACCGGAGAGAUUAUAAUGAUUGAAAUAAUUCCAUUGACAAGAUUGUAGCUACUUCAGCUUUGAAGAAAGUUAAGUCAACAGCUGCAACUGUUGAGCAAGUUUGGAGAUAAGCAAAAUCCAAAGUGGCUCAGUGGUUGUAGUAAGCCUAAUGAUGCAGCGGUCGUUUCUUAUAAGCCUUAUGCCUUAACUACAUUGUACAAAAUGAUGAUUUUUGGAAAAUUGUUGUAAAUAUCGAUUUUUUGGGGGAACACUCCACAUUGCUCAUUCCUAGGUUACUUAUUCCUCUUGAAGUACACAAUAUGCUCGUACUUUACUGUACUUGCAUGGAUUCCUCUGAAAUCGGAUGAGAGUUCUUCAAUUUUUGAGGUCUGUGUAGAAAUCUCAAUUCAAAGUGUGUAAUUUUUUUGCCAGAAUCUUUUGCGGCUCUUGUAUAUUUUUGAAUUUAGUAGUCGAAACAUUCUAAUCGUUUAAUCUUAAAUGUUAUAUUUAUGUAAAAUUGAUUCUUUUCUUAGACCAGAGAAGUUCGAGAAAGUUCUCUAGUAUCUACUUCAACAAAAUAUUUAGAAAUACAAUUUCCAUUUCUUCAGAUUAUAUCCGUAAUACUCAAUGACGAUAAGCUGUUUUCAUUAAGAAUUUCCUUGAAAAUGUCUUUGUUCAAGGCGAUUUUUUAACUUCAACUACCUCAGUUUAACAUUCCUCUAUAUUUACAUUUUCUGAAUAUUUCUAGUUACCUUCUGUAUUUUAUAACAUUCCAACUUUUUUUGACCUCAAACACCUCAUGCAGUUAGUACUUUCAAUAUUAUCAGUUUACUGUUUUAUUUUUAAUGUUUAAUGUUUUAUUAUCGAUAGACACUCAUGCAAGAUUAAAGUGGAAAUUUUUCCAUGUAUUGUUACUAUAUUUUUUAUUUGUUGAAGCUUUAAAAACUUGACCAUCUUUCAUUUUUUAAUAAAUUUUCAUUUUUAUCUGCGAUUGUUACAGAAAAUUCCUUUUUGCAAUUGAUUAAAAGUAGAAAAAGCAUUAUUUCUGCACAAUAUUUUUACUUUUAUCUUUGAUGGUUCAACUUAGUCUUUUCAGUUGUUUAAAGACUUUGCCAUUAUUUAUUUUUGAAUGAAUUUUCAUUUUUAUAUUUGGUUUUUUCAGGAAUUUCAUUUUGAUAUUGAUUGAAAGUAAAAAUAACGUUAUUUCUGUAAAAUGAUUUUAUUUUUCAUCAAUAUUUUUAAUUUUAUAUUUGAUGGUUCAAGUUGGUGUUUGUCGAUCGAUAAUAAUAAUUUGUUUUAUUUCUUUGUUUAUAAGGACUUAAAGUUUUCACCCUGCAACUGCUCUGGUUUAUAUUAUUAUAUUAUUCUAUUUUUACUAGUGAUUAUAUUUGUACAUUUUUAUAGAUGAUACUUGAUUAAGCAGUUGGUAGUUAACCGUAUAUGUAUUCUUAGGGAUUUUUAAUAUCUACCUCAUUACAUUUAAAUUUUUUCGUUUUUAUUAUGUAGAUUUUUACUUUUAAGUAAAUUAUUAUUUCCGAUCAUUUUAUUCAUUCGUGUCUCAGGGUACAACCAGUUUCCAGAGAAAACAAUUUUAUUGAAGACCUAUCGCAUAAAUACAACAAAAAUCAGGAAUUGAUGUAUAUUUCGAUAAUUAUAUGAAAUUUAUUGGUAGCAUGUAUUUAGAGACGUUUUCUUUUGGUGUUUUCUGGUGAAAGAUUUGGUACUUGUUUCGUGCUCUGAAGUUUCAUUCUGAACAGUAAAAAAAACCUUUGGAAAAUUACUUCCUAAUUAACGAAAAGUCUGAUCAAGGAGGCUGCUAGUUUUAUUUUGUAGCCAACGAUUGAAAAAUAGUUCCGUUUGAAAAAUUCAAUACUAAAUUUUACAUUAGCUUCUUUCAUUCACCAAGAGCAAAACAAUGAGAGAAAAGUUCCACAAACGUUUCGAAAACUUGGAUUGCACUCUUAUUAAUGUUGUGGAAUUCCACCUGUGAGAUAAAGCCCCUUUCCCACUUGUUCAAUCCCGAUUCUACAUGUAACAGAUGUCUAUAAUAUAAAAUGUGAUAACAGAUUUACUUAUUUUUAUUAAAUACAUUUUUACUUCGCACAGGUGUAAUUCUGAAGCAAUACUUUAGUUAUUCAGUUGUAAUGUAUGUAUAGUAGGUUAAAAUAUUAAAGCGGAUUGUGUAAACGUGGUAAUAAUAUAUUUUUGUACGCUUGGAUGAUUACAAUAUUAAAAAAAAUUCAAUAUCUA